AUGGAGGGUUCCCGCGAAGGCCAGGGAGGAGCUGUGGCGGUCCCCGAGCGGACGACCGAUGCCGGCGUCAAGUGUCUUGCCGGUGCCGUAGGUCGGUGCCAGUCGUCGUGUGACCUAAUCGGAGAGCGGGACCUGCGCGUGGCGCGGUACCGGGAGCUCGACCGGCGGUGCCGGGAGCUCGACCGGCGGUGCCUGGAGCUUGAUCUUGAGCGCGAGCGGCGUUGUCAGGCCGUCUUCGGCACUUUCUGCUUCCUCCCUGGGGAGAGGGAGCGGUGCCGGGACUUCGGUGCCGGGUGUCGAGGUGCCUCGGCACCGGAGCGGCUCGGUGCUGCUGAAGCAGCCAUGGCUGCUGCGAAUCCAGCACAACUGCUCCUAGGUGAACUGACGUGUGCGGUGUGUCUAGAUUAUUUUAAAGAUCCAGUGUCUCUAGAUUGUGGGCACCAUUUCUGCCAGGCCUGCAUCACUCGGUGCUGGGAGGAAUUGAGUGCAGACUUCCCCUGUCCUGAGUGCAGAGAAACCUUCUCCCGGAGAAACCUCAAACCAAACAGACAGCUGAGGAAUAUUGUAGAAGCUUCCAGAACACUUACACUGAAGUCAGCAAAAGAACCAGAAGUUGGGACAGUGUGUGAAAAACACAACGAGGAUUUAAAAGUCUUCUGCCAAGAGGAUCAAACACCCAUUUGUGUGGUUUGCCACCUGUCCCGAGAUCACAGAGAUCACACGGUGGUUCCCAUAGAGGAGGCUGCUGAGGAUUACAAGGGGGGAGGUUGCCUGGUUCACUCCCCAGCUGGGGCAGGUUCUGUCACUGACACGAUCAGACCCUGCUCAGGGCUGAGCUCUGCCCCUCACGCUCUGAUUCUCUCUGCAGCGAACGUGGCUCUGGAUCCAGACACGGCCCAUCCCGAGCUCAUCGUGUCUGCGGAUCGGAGAAGUGUGAGAUGGGGACACACACGGCAGGACCUGCCCAACAACCCUGAGAGAUUUGACACUGAGCUCUGUGUGCUGGGGUGUGAGGGAUUCACCUCGGGCCGACACUACUGGGAGGUGGAGGUGGAGGGGGGGGCUGGGGGAGUCUGUGCUGUGGGGGUGGCCAGAGCGUCUGUGAGCAGGAAGGGAGAGAUCAGCUUUACCCCUGAGCAGGGGAUCUGGGCUGUGGAGAGCAGGGAGGAUCAGUACUGGGCUCUCACGUCCCCUGAGCAGAUCAUCCCCUUGUCCCCGAGCCGGGGACCCCGCAGGAUCCGGGUGUAUCUGGACUAUGAACGGGGGCAGGUGGCGUUUUUCGAUGCUGGUCGGGGGGACCCGAUCGCCACUUUCCCGCCGGCCUCUUUCGCCGGGGAGAGAAUCCGCCCGAUCUUCUGGGUUAUCGCUGGUGUGCGGCUCCUCUAGCCCCCACCCCCCGAUCUCUAUGACCCUGGUGGACUGGGCUGAAGGGGGGUGACGCUCUACCCGCAGCUCUCUGGCUGUGGAGGUCUGUGUGCGGCGCUCUAGCAUCGGACUCUAUGCCCUU